UGACACAUCACAGCACACAGCAGCAACACAUCAGGACGCUAAAAGCAGCCAGUUCAUUCCCCAGCCGCUUCACAGCAGGGAUCCGUGCGCACAAUAUGGGCAACGUGCAGCCCACCGUAGUCCCAUUUGAGGACUUUGACGUUACGGCUGACAUCAAAGACAUUAGAAAAGCAUGUAAAGGUUUAGGCACAGAUGAGGAAGCUGUCAUCCAGAUCCUGGCCAACCGCUCUGCGGCUCAGCGUCUGGAGAUCAAACAGGCCUAUUUUGAAAAGUAUGACGACGAGCUGGAGGAGGUGCUGAAGAAGGAGCUCACCGGUAGCUUUGAAAACGCCGUGGUGGCCAUGUUGGACGCGCCGCAGGUGUUCUUCGCCAAGGAGCUCAGGAAGGCGAUGAAGGGGGCGGGAACAGACGAGGCUGUCCUGGUGGAGAUCCUGUGCACGGCUACGAACGAGGAUAUCAUGAGCUACAAGGAGGCGUACGUCCAGGUGAACGAGCGCGACCUGGAGGCGGACAUAGAGGGCGAUACCAGCGGAGACGUUAGGAACCUGCUGAUCUCACUGCUGCAGGCGAGCAGAGAUGAGGGCUACGAGGUGGACGAGGGUUUGGCCGAACAGGACGCCAUGUCUCUUUUUGAGGCAGGUGAGGGCAGGUUUGGUACGGACGAGUCGACCUUCACCUACAUCCUGACGCACAGGAACUACAUGCAGCUUCAGGCCACCUUUAAGGCCUACGAGUCCCUUUCGGGGACGGACAUUUUGGACACGAUUGACGCCGAGGCGACGGGAACCCUCAAGGACUGCUAUGUUACUCUUGUGAGGUGUGCCAAGAACCCGCAGCUGUAUUUUGCUCGACGCCUUAAUGCUGCAAUGAAGGGACUUGGCACUGAUGAAGACACGCUCAUACGCAUCAUCGUAGGCCGCUCCGAGAUCGACCUGGAAACGGUGAAGGACAUGUACCUGGAGAAGUACGACGUCACCCUGAAAGACGCCCUGGACUCGGAGUGUGGGGGAGACUUUAAGCGUCUGCUCAUUGAGAUCUUGCACUGAAUCACACAUUUGCAUUCACGUCCACGCCUCACCCGGCCUUAUUCCGCUGUGACGUAACAGGAUGCCACUACAUGCUCUGUUUUCUAUCACUCUUCACUCUCUACUCUAGCCUCUCUCCGUCUCGGAGAGUUCACUUUACAGCGCGGACCAAAAAAAACCAACUCGACGUAAUCCAGUUCAGUGUUUCGGCGUGUGGUAAUUUCUUUUUUACAGGCUUUGUUAACACCUUUGAGACUUUUCAGAAAAUCCGCUUAACUUGUUGUCCAGUUACUCAACAACACGACAGGAGAGCGGAACCAACAGCAUCACGUUCGUGCGUCUUAAAAGUUGCAGCGAAGUCAUCGUCGUCUGGUGUUUUUCUACUUUAAGCUGCGAUCGUUAAGCGUCUGCUAACAGAAUAACAGGCGUUCGUCUCUCGUCGAUUCUUCACGUCACUAUUUGCCCGAAGGACAACCUUCGCAAGAUUAUAAGCGAUGCAAGUUACUUUCCGCUGCAACACAGAAGUGCCCGAUUACCUUUAAGAUCCGGAAACAUUUGAGCAUUCUCUUAGAACUUCAGAUGUUGGCACGUCUUUAUGAAAGGCUCGGUCGUUUAAGGGAUUCGCUGCAGGCUUUUUGGUCGCGUAUUUCAAAAGACUAGCGAGACGUGCAAGUGCUCCAAGUCGUUUUUAAAAGCUCACAUGUUGCCUUGUUAGAUUUCUAGACGCUCUUAGACUUUUUUUUUUUCCCCGAGUUGCAUUGAGUACUUGCAUUCACUGCUUAAAAAAUAGCCCUAGUUGAUUGAGACGACACCGAUCAGGACAUAACUUUUGAAGUGCAAUGUUCUAAAGUAGUCUCACUGAGACUGAGCUCUGUUAAGUAGAGUAGUACGAACGCUUUGAGGCAUAAUUGAAAUAUUGCAUAUUACAAUAUAACUGAUGUAACUGUAUACAUGUAACAAAAUUUAGCUGAUGUCUGUUAGUGUUUGUACAAUACUGGUAUGUAAUAGAUAUUAAUAAAUUUUAACCACCUGAA